UAUAUGGUGAAACUUCUUACAAACUCCCUUUUAUCUUGCUCUCAAAACAGAGAAACAGAGCGUUUUGGUAUCGGAAUCGGAUACGAGCAAGCUUGGUAAUUUACUUCUGUUUGCAUCUUUAUUUUCUUACAAACUCCCUUUUAUCUUGCUCUCAAAACAGAGAAACAGAGCGUUUUGGUAUCGGAAUCGGAGACGAGCAAGCUUGGGUUACAAACAUGGCUUCUUCUUCUUCUUCUUCUUCUUCUCCUGCUCAAGAAAAGCAUGAUGUGUUUCUAAGUUUCAGAGGUGAGGACACCCGUUUUGGUUUUACUAGCAAUCUCCAUCAUGCUUUGCGUGGAAAGAAUAUCCAAACCUACAUGGAUGAUCAAAAGCUUGAAAGUGGCCACGAAAUCUCACCACAACUUAUGGAAGCGAUUCAGGAAUCUAAGAUUUGCAUCAUAGUUUUGUCCGAAAAAUUUGCAUCAUCGACAUGGUGUUUAAAUGAAUUGGUGCACAUACUUGAAUGCAAAGGAAAUGAGAAUGUUAUACCGAUUUUUUAUGGCAUAGAUCCAUCCAUUGUACGGAAACAAUCGGAAAGUUAUGCAAAAGCAUUUGCGGAACAUGAACAACGCUUUAAGGACAAACCGGAAGAGGUGAAGCAGUGGAGGGUUGCUCUAACAAAAUUGGCUAAUAUGUGCGGUUAUGAUUCAAAGAAUUUCAGGGAUGAGCAUGAGUUGGUUAAAAAAAUUGUUGAAGAUAUUUUAUUGAAAUUGCCCAAGUACCAAUUAACAAAUUAUGGAGACCUCAUUGGAAUUGAAGAGCCUCUCAAGGAAAUUGAAUCAUUAUUAAGCAUUGGCAAAAGGGAUGUUCGCAUCAUAGGUAUUUGGGGCAUGGGGGGUAUCGGUAAGACCACCCUUGCUAGCUUUGUGUUUCAAAGAUUUUCAUCUUCUCAUUUUGAUGCUUAUUGCUUUCUUAAGGAUAUUCCAGAAGAGGCAGAUAAUACAAAUCAGUUGAGAAAUGAACUUCUUUCUGAGUUAUUAGAGGAUAAAAAUCUUCUACGCAUGGACACUCCGGUUGUAGGAUCAAGAUUUAUUCAAGAUAGACUCAGCCAUAAAAAGGUUCUUAUCGUUUUAGAUAAUUUGAAUGGGAGAAGUUCCAAAUUAAAAGAUUUAUUGGAAGGAUAUGAACUUGGUAUUGGAAGUAGAAUCAUUGUCACAAGUAGAGAUAAGCAACUGCUGCUUGUGGAAGAGAAUUGUCAAAUUUACCAGUUGAAGGGUUUAUGUGACCGUGAUGCUCUUCAGCUCUUCCGUUUCCAUGCUUUUGGAUCAAAUUCACUUGCAACAGGUCAUGAGGCUUUAUUAGAAAGUGUUGCACAUUAUGCAAAGGGCAAUCCAUUAGCUCUUAAAGUUUUAGGUUCUUCCCUUAAGUACAAAAGUGUAAAAGAAUGGAAAAGUGCAUUGGAUAAGCUGAAAACAGAUCCAGAUCCUGAAAUUAAAAAAGUGUUGAGAAUAAGUUAUGAUGGGUUAGGCGAUAAAAGCAUCCAAGGUAUUUUUCUUGACAUUGCAUGCUUCUUUAACAAUCAAGUACCUAGGGAAGAAGUAGAAAGCAUAUUAAACCACACUGAUGCAAUAAUAGGAAUAAGUACUCUCAUUGAUAAAUCCUUAAUAACUGAAAGUAAAGAAGGACUGGGAGUGCAUGAUUUACUACGGCAAAUGGCUCGGGCAAUUGUUUGUGAUGAAAGCACAGAUUGUGGCAAUCGUAGUAGGCUAUGCAGUAAUAAGGAUUCCUGCCAUGUACUGGAAAGAGAUACAGGAACCUCUGCAAUUGAAGGCAUAUUAUUGGAUCUGUCUCAACUCAGAAAAGAUGUAAAAGUGACCUGUACGGCAUUUUCAAAGAUGUUCAAGCUACGACUUCUUAAAUUGCAUUUGGAUAACGGAUUUCCCCCUUAUAAAUGGUCCAGAUAUCCCAAUGGAGAAUGCAAUUUCAGACUCAGUCUUCCUGAUGGGGUUAAGCCUUUUGUUUCGGAUGGCCUAAAAUAUUUUCAGUGGGAUACAUACCCUUUGAAAUAUUUGCCAUAUUUUAAUCCCGAGAAUGUUGUUCAACUUAUUAUGCGUAGGAGCCAACUUGAACGUCUUUGCAAUGAAGACCAGCGACAGCCACUUGAGUUGGUGAUGUUAGAGAAGAUCGAUCUUAGUUAUUCUGAGCACCUUAUGCAAAUACCAAAUUUGUCUCGGGCUAUAAAUCUUCAAGUUUUAAAUCUUCAAGGUUGCAGCAGUUUGGUUCAACUUCCUUCAUUUUUUCAGAAUCUUGGCAAGCUUCAGUUUCUACAUUUGCAGGAUUGCUACAAUCUGAAAGAUGGCUUAGAAAAUCUUCCAAUCAGUGCAAGAGAAUUGUACCUGGAUAGGACAGCAAUUAAAAGUUUGCCGGAGAGCAUUUGGAAGUUGAAAUAUCUAGAACAGUUGAGUCUUUCUGGUUGCCGAAACUUGAGAAAGUUUCCAGAAAUCUCGGGCCGUAUGGAAUUCUUGGUUGAAAUUAACUUAAAUGGAACAGAGAUUGAAGAGUUGCCGAAGUCAAUUGACAAUCUAACCCAUCUUGAAACUCUAUAUCUUUGGUCGCUUGAACGUUUUGGUGGAUGCAAUAAGAUCUGUCUUCCAAAUAGCCUAUGUAAAUUAUUGCAUCUUCAAGGUUUGUACCUUAGGGGAUGUUCAUCAAUUGAAGAAUUGCCUCCCCUUCCACAUGAUUUGAGGCAAUUGGAUGUAGGAAAAUGUGAGAGACUGAAAUCAUUACCAGAGCUUCCAUCAUCUUUAGAAUAUUUGUGGGCAGAGGAAUGUUCAUUACUUGAAGAAUUGCCUCCCCUUCCACAUGGUUUGCAUGCUUUGGAUAUAGGAAAAUGUGAGAGACUGAAAUCAUUACCGGAGCUUCCGUCAUCUUUAGAAUAUUUGUGUGCAGAGGAAUGUUCAUCACUUGAAGAAUUGCCUCCCCUUCCACAUGGUUUGAUUACAUUGAAUAUAGGAAAAUGUAAGAGAUUGAAAUCAUUACCAGAGCUUCCAUCAUCUUCCAUCACCGAGGCUUCUUUCCGUGUAUUCCACAAGGAUCAGAACGGUGUGAUUAUGAACAAAAAAAAAUUGGGGAUUCACCCCCUUAACAACGGGUUUGAGGAGCCAAAUGUAGACGGGGACAGUACUUCUAAAUGAGGGUUUGAUGAAUGUUCUUCUGACCAACCCAAUGAAUACCAACACAACCAUGUCUCGCAUCCUUACAAUAUUUCCAAGAGAAUCAAGCUUAUGGGACAAUAUAUUACCGUUUCUUUUUUAAAUGAAUAGG